AUUUUUCGAAUAAUUCAACAAUUUUGACAUAUAUUCGCGAAUCGAAUAAAAAUCCCGAUACUUUCAGUCGAGAUGAUAUUAUUCCAUCCCAUUCUUUAUUGAUGGAUUAUGUUUGCGGCUCUCUUCUGUCCUAAAAAGCGAUCCCCUUAUUUUUAUCGGCAGUCUCGCCUCAUGGUCAUUUCUCCACUCGCCCGAAUCUUCCUAACGUCAUUGAUCCGCAAUAAUCCGUCGGUCGUCUAACUUAUGUUAAUUGCAGCCGGGCAGUGUCGCAGAUGCGUCGGGCGAGUGACGACAGUACAGCUUGCGCUUAGUGCUUGUCCGAUCUUUUCCUCUUGGUGAUUCCAGUUUGCAUACCGCGAUGAAGUUCAGUAUAGAAUCCACGGCGUCCUACAACAGCAUCCACCCGGCCUAUCACUACACCGAGCAGUUUGCCAACAAUGGCGAGACUUAUCGGGAUGGUACCAAGUGGUAUGGGGUGUUUUUGGCGUUUCUGUCGGGCACCUUCUUCACCAUCAGCUCCGCCCUGGUUAAGGCGGUCCGUAACGUGGACCCCAUGAUUCUGCUGGCCAUCCGCGCCCUGGCGCAGAUCCUGACAAUGGCCGUCGUCGCCUGCAGAGCAUCCAACGAUCUCUUCGGCCCCUCCGGUCAAAGAAUACUCAUACAUUUUCAGGGUCUAGUAGGUGGCAUGACUCUAUCGUUGCUAUAUUAUAGCUUCCGUGAAUUACCCCUGGGCGAUGCCACCACGAUCAUAUUCAGCUCGCCGGUGAUCGUCAUUGCGUUGUCCUUCCUUUUCCUAAAGGAACCCUGCGGGGUCCUGCGUAUAGCGGUGGUCUGCACGCUCUUGGCGGGCGUCGUCCUCGUCGCCAGACCGCCCUUCUUAUUUCAGAUGCACCGCGCCGAGAGUUACAAUCUUAUGGGAUAUCUGUGCGCCAUUCUGGCCACUCUCUUCACGGCGCUCAACAUCGUCGUUAUGAGGAAAUGCUCGGACAUACAUUACUCUAUCCUGGUACUGAAUCUGUCGUGUUGGUCGUUCGUUUCCGCGGUGUUCUUUUACUUCACGGUGUCCGGUCACGGCGCCGGUCACGAAUUCCACAAAUUUUGGCUGCCCCACGACUGGUACACCUGGGGUCAGAUCUUGCUGGUGGCAUUGACCGGCCUUACCGGUCAGGUAUUGGUGACGAAGGCGUUGAAGAUCGAGGGUGCCGGUAAGGUGUCGGUCACCAGAUCGCUGGACAUCAUCCUGGCGUAUGUGAUCCAAGUUUACAUCUUCGGCGAGAAGCCCACGUCGACCAGUUUGACCGGCGCGAUUCUCAUAAUCUCCUCCGUCGUUUGUAUGGGCUUCGAAAAGGAGAUCUACGCCGUCUGCGAUUUCAUCCCUUAAUUAAUGGAACGGGAUCUCGCAACUAAUGCGAAAGGAAAAUCAGACUGCGUUCUGUGAUGAAAGCAAGUGAAUCGACGAUCGACGAUUCCUACUUUUUUAAAUAACAGACUAGUCAAAGUACUGGGAUGUAAAGAUAAAUUAAUAAACUUUAACAAUAGUAUUAGGAUCAACGAAUGUUUAAUUAUUCAGU